AUGCAACCACACUCUCAUGGUAAUCAUGGAUUUCCUUUCGGUAUCAAUGGUUAUUAUGUCGGUGGAAUCGCAGGGUUACAACAAUCUCAACAUCCACAACAUAAUGAACUGCAACAACUACAAUAUCAUCAACCGCAAAAUCAACAACUGUGGCAUGGCCAUGUUGUUCCCUUUUUCAAUCCUCAUGUCCAAGCUUCAAGCAUCUUAAGUUAUCCUUCCUUUGAUUCUCUAUUUGAGAAACAAGUCAUGGAGACAAACCAGUUCAUCAAUAAUCAGAAUGAUAAAUUGAAACUGCUGCUACAACAACAUCAAAGGGAGCUACAGCUGGCAUCACAACAAAUUAUGACAAAAAAGAAGGAAGAAAUUGCAAAACUUGCAAAUAAAACACAGGAGUUGGAAAAUCUCGUAAGAAGAUUUGAGGCUGAGAACAAAGAAUUUGAGAAAAAAGUUAAGGAAAGGGAAGCUAUGAUAAUAACUUUGCAUAGCAAGUUGGAAGAGGAGAAGAAGAAACUAAGGAUGUUUGUAGAAAAUGAUGCAAAAUCAUGCACUGGUGAAAGCGAAGAAGUAAUUCUUGAAAAGCGUGUCAGACGUGGAAACAAUACUAUGUUUUGUCCAAAGUGUAACACAAACUCCUCAGAUGUCUUAUUUAUACCAUGUAGGCAUCUUUCUUCAUGCAAAGCAUGUGAAGCUUUACUCGAAGCCUGUCCAAUGUGUGGAAUGAAAAAGAAGGGUGUUAUUGAGAUUCAGAAUUUGAUUUUAGAUUAA